UAACAAUUCGGUGGUGGUGGCUGGGGGUAUAGGAGAGAAGAGAGGGAUAAGAAACAGAAGCCAAGAAGCAGCAGCUAAUUAGGUCCUCUGGAGCACAAGUGUUUUCUUACAAGGGGGGGUUAGGGGGUGGUGUGUAGCCAAGUAAUGCGUGCAGGAGCCUGUACAGUCCAGCAGACCCUCACAUCGGAGGCUGCUUCGGUGCUUAGGCACUCCCUUGGCUUGGCCAAGAGGAGGGGCCAUGCCCAGGUCACCCCACUCCAUGUGGCUGCCACCUUACUGAGUCCAAGGUGCAGUCUCUUGAGGAGGGCUUGUCUCAAGUCUCAUCCACAUUCAACUUCUCAUCCACUGCAAUGCAGAGCUCUUGAACUUUGCUUCAAUGUGGCUCUCAAUAGACUCCCAACAACACCUGGUCCUUUCCUCCAUGGUCAACCUUCUCUCUCAAAUGCUCUCAUUGCAGCACUGAAGAGAGCUCAAGCACACCAGAGGAGGGGUUGCAUAGAACAGCAGCAACAACAACCUCUCCUUGCCAUUAAGGUAGCACUAGAGCAGCUCAUUAUAUCCAUUUUAGAUGACCCUAGUGUUAGUAGGGUAAUGAGAGAAGCUGGGUUCUCCAGCACCUCUGUUAAGAACAACCUAGAGGACGUUUCAGCUUCUUCUGUUUUUCAGUGCUAUAGCAGCUCUGGUGGGAUUCUCUCUUCUACUUGUUCUCCUCCUAUUGAAACUCAUAGAGAGAUUAGCAACCACAGCAGUUUCUGGCAGACCCAUUUGUUGAACUGCUAUUCUGAGCAAAACCCACUUCCCUUUUCUACUCCAAAGAAGCCUUUAAGUUCCAUCUUCACUGAUUCAGCCACUGAAAAGGAGGAUUUCAGGUUGGUUUUGGAGGUUCUGAUGAGGACGAAAAGAAGGAAUACAGUGAUUGUUGGGGACUCUGUUUCAACUACUGAAGGCCUGGUUGCAGAGCUUAUGGGGAAAGUGGAAAGAGGCGAGAUACCUGAUGAAUUGAGAUCGGCCCACUUUAUUAAAUUUCAGUUAUCCUCUGUCUCUUUGAGGUUCAUGAAGAGAGAGGAUAUGGAGCUGAAGGUUGCAGACUUGAGAAGGAAGGUGGGUUCUCUUGUAACAGGAGGUGAGGGAGCAAUCAUCUAUGCUGGAGAUCUCAAAUGGGUAGUUGAAGGUGGUGUUGGUGAGAAAGAGGGAGGAUUCUCAGCAGAAGUAUGUAGUUAUAAUGCUACUGAUCAUCUGGUUGCAGAGAUAGGAAGGUUGCUCUCUGACUAUAGCUGCUCAAACAGUAAGGUAUGGUUAAUGGCCAUUGCAAAUUACCAGACUUACAUGAGGUGCCAGACGAAGCAACCCUCUCUUGAGACUCAAUGGACUCUUCAAGCUGUCUCUGUUCCUUCAGGUGGAUUGGGUUUGAGCCUCCAUGCUUCCAAUGCCCUUGACUCAAAGGUAUCUCUCUCUCCAAACACAUCUCUAAUGCCAGAAACAAAACCUUUCACUCCUAACGAAGAACCAGACAGUCUCACCUGUUGUGCUGAUUGUAUCUCCAAUUUUGAAAAAGAGGCAGCCAUAUUCACAUCAGGCCAGCAAAAUCCAUCCUCCUAUCUUCUUAGCUCUUGCAAUUCCAAAGACAUGGUCAAGGGUCCAACCAACUUGCCUUACUGGUUGCAGCCAUAUAAAGCUGACACCCAUCACAAGGAUGAUUUGGUUGAAUUGAAGAAAAGAUGGAACAGGUUAUGCCACAGCCUACACCAUCCAAGGCCUAAUCAGAUCCUCCACCAGAAAGGCUCUUCCUUAUUCAACAACCAAAACUCAAGUGGCAAGAGCUAUACCUAUUCAAAAUCUUACCCUUGGUGGCCUUCCUCAUCUCAGUACAAUCAAACCAGCAUUUUCCCUGAAUCGACUUCGAUUUCCUUCACCGAGUCGAUAACGGAGACCAACCAUGUCACAAGCAUUGCAUCUCAAUUGAGAAGUCACCAGUCACGUACAAUUGAAUUUGGUUUCACUAAUGAAGAGGCAUGGGAACACCGGCAGUCGGAAUUGAGCUCGGAUUUUCUGAAAAACAUGGAAAGCCAGGAAGUGAAAACCACUCUUGCUCUUGGUAAUCCUCUUUUCUCAGAUUCCAUGGCAUCCAAGGUUCAAAAAAGGGAAGGAAAGAUGGACCCAAAAAGAGAUCUCUGUAAGCUAUUGCAAGAGAAUAUCCCUUGGCAAUCUGCGAUAAUCCCUUCCAUCGCAGAAGCUUUAAUAGGUUCCUCCAAAUUGUCAGAGAAGAAUGGGAAUUGGUUUCUAAUUCGAGGAAUGGAUUGUAUAGGAAAGAGAAGACUGGCACUUGCAACUGCUGAGUCAAUUUGUGGGUCUACUGAUCACCUUGUCCACUUGAACAAGAGAAGAGAGAACAAGGACCCCCAAUUGUCUGAAAUCCUCAUAGAAGCCUUGAAAGAGAACCCAAAAUGUGUUGUUCUAUUGGAAGAUAUCGACUAUGCCGAUUCAAACUUCAUAAAGUUCCUAGCUGAUGGCCUGAAAACCAAAAAUUUCAAAGACAUGGAAGGGGGAGAGGUUUGUUUUGAUCAGGCUACAUUCAUUGCAACAAUAGGUGGUAGUGGUAGUAGUGGUUCUUCAAGUUUCAUAAACAGCAAGGAAGAUGAGGUAGCAAUCCAGAUGAAGUUGCAGUUUGAAGAAGACACUACUACAAAUCCUGCAUUUGAAAUUUUCAAUUCUGAUCAUAAGAGGAAGGCGGAGUGGGACUUGCCAUUUAAUAAGAACAAUAAGCAUCCAAGGAAAGAAGAGAAAGAACACUCCUCUUCAUCUGUGGAAGAUAUUAAUGGUGGUGACAAGGGGGUUAUCUCAAGACAGUCAAGCAGUAACACCUUUGAUUUGAACAUCCGAGCUGAGGAAGAUGAAGACGAAAACAAGCCUGAUGACAACUCCAACCCCAUCCCUAGUGAUCUCACUCAAGAAACUGCAACAGAUCUCCACAGCCCACAUGGGUAUUUUCUUGGAUCAAUCGAGAAGAGCUUUCUUUUCGAUCAAAAUCCGAAACUUUUCGAUGAAAUGGGUGAGACUUUCUUGUCAAAGAUCAAAGGGUCUUUCCAUGAAGUGUGUAGGAGUGAGAUGAAGAUGUCAUUGUCAGUUGAUAAGGUUGUGUUAGAUGAAAUGGUAGCUGGGUGUGGUUCUUUCCUUGAUAGCUUGUUUGAAAUUUGGCUGAAAGACAUUUUUCAAACGAGCUUAGAAAAGGUUGUUAAAGAGAGAGGGAAAGAGGGAAACAUUAAGCUCUCGCUUCUUGGGGCUAAAGAGGAGAAUAUUUUGGAUUAUGGUGGGUUCAAGGGGUCGAGUCUUCCCAAGACAGUCCAAGUUGUCUUCAAGGAUUUGGCCACGGGGUUUUCUAUGUAAAACUACAGAGAGUAAAGCUAUCAAACUACCUUUCAUGUAAUAUUUUUCCCAUUUUCUCUUUUUGAAUUAAAAAGUCCUUUUGUACUUCUUU